AUGCAGCGAUCGCCGCCAGCAAGUUCGUCUAACCCGCAAGUAAAAUUUUUAUCGAAUCCAGAUCUACCCGAAUCUGUGCGUUCUGCUGAUAAUUCUUUUAUUAAUAUGCGUAAACGCAAGCAGCCUGAAAUGGAAAUUAACGAUUCUGUGAUAAAUGUUAUUGAGAACACGAUUGAUAAGAAAUUAAAUUGCUGGAAGGAUGAUUUAAGCUCGACUAUUAUUGAUUCUGUUCUAAAAUCUGUACAAUCUGUGAUUGAACAAGAAGUUAAAAAGAUGACACUAUCCAUACGAGAUUCUUUUGAGAAGCUGAGUGAAAGAUUUAAUACUUUUGAGAAGUCUCUUCAAUUCACAAUGGAAAGGCAGGAUAACUUUGAAAAACGUCUUGAGGAGAUGGAAAAAAAAAUUAAGCUGAAUGUUGCCGAGGAAAGACAGAUCCAGGUGUUACAAGAUAGGUUAGACACCAUGGAACAACAGGCUAGAUCCCACAAUAUAGAAAUUGCAAAUUUACCUGAGCGCCGUGACGAGAAUUUAUUAGUAAUAAUGGAGAAGUUAGGGUGCGUCAUUAAGCAUCCAAUUAAUGCUCAAGAUAUUGUCUCGAUUCAUAGAGUGCCUCAUAUUGAAAAAACUAAUAAUCGGCCAAAGAACGUGAUUGUGAGGUUCACAACCAAAAUAAUUCGUGAUAAUAUUAUCGCUGCUGCGAGAGCAUCUAAGGGACUUAAGUCUGACAAGCUACUUGUUUCGGGAACAAUUCAAAAUGUCUAUGUAAAUGAACAUCUUAGUGCCAGAAACAAGCAAUUAUUUCGCUGUUGUCGUGAAGAAGCCAAGAAUAAUAACUUUAAGUAUGUGUGGGUCAAAAAUGGCACCAUACUUGUACGUCAAACCGAUAAUUCACCUAUAUUUGCUGUACGUAAUGAGCUGGACAUCAAAAACAAAAUUAAGUCGCAUAAGUGUUAA